AUGGAUUUCCUCUCCACGCCUUAUCUCGUCGCUACUAUCUGUGCUGCUCUAGUCGUAGCAUGUUCAUUCAAGCUUCUUAGGCGCCCAAACCUCCAUCACAUCCCUAUUGUAGGCCACUCAAGUUUAUUGGCAUCGUACUGGUUCACGAAAGGACUCGAAGUCGACCGUCAUCGGUUUGUGCAGGAGGGAUACGACAAAUACAAGUCUGGAGUAUUUAGGAUCGCUAACUUGACACAUUGGGUUGUCUGUUUGGACCGCAGUCACCUUGAGCACGUGGCGAGGGCUCCCGAAGAUCACCUCUCCUUUAUGGAGGCAGCGGAUAACAUCAUGAAAUUAGAAUAUACGCUCGGCUUGAAGAUCAGCGACAACUAUCAUAUAUCCAUUAUUCAAUCAACUCUUACUCGCAGCCUUUCCGUUUUAUAUGCAGAUAUGAGGGACGAGAUUGUCGUUGCAUGCAACGAAUACCUUGAUAUAAAGCACAAUGAAUGGAAAACCAUCUCAGUAGUGCAUGUUGCUCUCCAGAUGGCGAGCAGGACAAGCAAUCGGAUGUUCGUUGGCCUCCCUCUUUGUCGUGACCCCGAUUGGCUCGAAUUGAAUAUAAAUCUCCCUGGUGCAGUUGUGGACGAAGCAAGAAUUUUGAGAUAUGCUUUGCUUUACGCCGAAGUUGAUAGACUGGCUGCAAAGUUUCUCGCCAAUCUCUCCGGACGGACCUGUCGGGGGGUUACUUUCCUCGGUCCAGUAAUUAAGGAACGUCUGCAACAUAUGGAAACAGAGGGCACCAACUGGUACGGUAAACCGAAUGACUUCUUGCAGUGGUGCCUGGAUACUAAGCGAGAGACUUCCCUAACUUCACUGACCCAGCGUAUCAUCGCUGUUAAUUUUGGUGGCAUUCACACGACCUCGAACACUCUCUCUCAGGCGCUCUUACAUCUUGCAGAACAUCCACGACAUGCACAGGCACUCCGCGAAGAGGUCGAGCUGGUUGUUAGUAAGUACGGGUGGACGAAAGAGGGUCUUUCGAAGAUGCGAAAAGUCGAUAGUUUUCUGAAAGAAACUCAGCGUUUUGACGGGCUUGCUGUUUUGGGCGUUUCGCGGAAAGCAAUGAGUGACAUCACACUCCCUGAUGGAACCUUCAUACCUCAAGGAACCUUUUUGGCCUUCCCAGCGUAUGCCAUGCAUCGCGACGAUGCAGUGUAUGAAAACCCAAAAGAGUUUGAGCCGUUUCGAUUUGCUGAAAUGCGAAACAAAGAAUCUGAGGGUUCUAGGCAUCAAAUGGUCGCUGUAACCCCGGAUUUGUUAUCGUUUGGCUUUGGAAAACACACAUGCCCUGGCCGAUUUUUUGCGGCUACUGCGCUCAAAACUAUGUUGGCGCAUGUUGUCAUGUUGUAUGACGUCAAGAGGGGAAAUGAUGAAUCUCAGCCAGACACCUUGUACGCAGGGGAUGCUAUUGUGCCCAACCCCAUGACCAAGAUCAUGUUCCGGAAGAGAGUCAAUUGA